GCGUUAGAGGUUGUGUUGUUCCUAGGCAAGCUGUUCUGCGCAGUCGCAGCGCUGAAGGCGGCUCUCUACCUGCUCCGCAGAGUGUGUCUAGCGAUGGCCUGGAAGUCGGGAGGCUCCAGCCACUCCGAGCUCAUCCACAACCUGCGCAAAAAUGGAAUAAUCAAAUCAGAUAAAGUAUAUGAAGUAAUGUUGGCUACAGACCGUUGCCACUAUGCAAAAUGCAACCCUUAUAUGGAUUCUCCUCAAUCGAUAGGUUUCCAAGCAACUAUCAGUGCCCCACAUAUGCAUGCAUAUGCUCUAGAAUUACUAUCUGAACAGUUACAUGAAGGAGCCAAAGCCCUUGAUGUAGGAUCUGGAAGUGGAAUUCUCACAGCAUGUUUUUCACGAAUGGUUGGUCCCCAAGGACGAGUUGUAGGAAUUGAUCAUAUCAAAGAGUUAGUAGAUGACUCAAUAAAUAAUGUCAAAAAGGAUGAUCCUACAUUACUGUCUUCAGGAAGAGUGAAACUGCUGGUGGGGGAUGGAAGAAUGGGAUAUCCGGAAGAAGCUCCCUAUGAUGCUAUUCAUGUAGGAGCUGCAGCCCCAGUUGUGCCCCAAGCACUCAUAGACCAAUUAAAACCUGGUGGAAGAUUGAUAUUACCAGUCGGCCCUGCAGGUGGAAACCAGAUGCUGGAACAAUAUGAUAAACUAGAAGAUGGCAGUGUCAAAAUGAAGCCUCUGAUGGGAGUGAUAUAUGUGCCUUUAACAGAUAAAGAGAAGCAAUGGUCCAGGUGGAAGUGAUUUUCUGUUCCACUUUCUUCUUCCACAGAUAUACGCAUACAAGGGAUGAAUUGUAAAAGCUACAUCAUCUUGACCCAAACAUAGUGUUACAGUGGACUGCCCAUCUCCAGCUCUAAAAGCUUUUUGAAAACCAACAGCAUUGCAGCUUGUUUUGGAUUUUGUUAUACUGUUAUCAGCAUGGAAAAGUGUGGUGUUUAUAUUUCCUUUUUUUAGAGGCUUAAGGCAAAUCUGGCAAAGAGUUGAUGGAAAGUUUAAAUUUGGGCUGUUUCUUUUUAACAUGCCUUUUUUACUUUCAUCUGGUUAAAGAAAUGAAUUUCUGCAAAAAUGCAGACCUACAGUUUGUGAACUCUUUAAUUUUGAUGGCUGAUACUUUUUGAACACUUUAUUUCAGCUCCAUUGUUCCUUGGUAAAAUUGCUUCUGUGCACCUUAUAACACUACAUACACAAUGGCAGGUUCUCUGUGUUCAGAUGUCUGCUAAAUGUUACUAAGAAAAUGAGAUGAACUUCCUUUUUAAAGCUUGUGACACGGUGUCAUAGACUAGCAUGUAGUAGAUGCAAUCAGCUGCGUUAUUACCUUGAAAGUGGGCAUUUGUAUAUAUAUUAAACUUCAAGACAUCAAAGAUGACAGCUCUUGUUAUAAACUCUGUGGUUCAGGUUGGACAUAACUGACAUAGUUUUUCCUUCCUUGUCAAAAAAAUGAGAGGAAACUUGUAGCUCAGUAUUGUUUUGUAGCUUACUGCUGAUAUAUAUAUGAAUUUAACAUAACAAAUGCUGUGUAAGCUAUGUCCUAAUCACUGAACAGUUUAUGCAGUGCUGCUUUGCCAAAUAAAGUUAAAAGCAAAAAGG